GGCCGAAACGGGAUCCCGUCCCCCCCGCCGGGGCCCCUGCACGGCUGCACACUCAGCGCUUUCCCGGCCGGGCUAUAUAAAGCAGCGGGGAGGAGGGAAGCUCCUUCUCCUGUCCCAGCACCGCGGCGUCCCUUGGACUUUCCCCCCGUGAAGGCACAAGCAGGGCCAUGAGCUCCCCGGCGGCAGCCGCUCCGCUUUUCGCCGAGGGCGAGGACUGCACGGCGGCCUGGACGGCGGCGGCGGCCGGCUACGACGCGCCGGACGCCCGCCUGGAGAUCCUGGGCAAGCCGGUGAUGGAGCGCUGGGAGACCCCCUACAUGCACGCGCUGGCGGCCGCCGCCGCCGCCAAAGGCGGCCGCGUGCUGGAGGUGGGCUUCGGCAUGGCCAUCGCCGCCUCCAAGCUGGAGGAGCUGGACAUCGCCGAGCACUGGAUCAUCGAGUGCAACGAGGGCGUUUUCCGGCGGCUGCAGGACUGGGCCCGGGCGCAGCCCCACAAGGUGGUGGCCCUGAAGGGGAUGUGGGAAGAGGUGGUGCCGACGCUGCCGGACGGACACUUCAGCGGGAUCCUCUACGACACCUACCCGCUCUCGGCCGAGACCUGGCACACGCACCAGUUCGCCUUCAUCAAGGACCACGGCUUCCGCCUGCUGCGGCCCGGCGGCAUCCUCACGUACUGCAACCUCACCUCCUGGGGCGAGCUGCUGAAGACCAGGUACAGCGACAUCGAGCAGAUGUUCGAGGAGACCCAGGUCCCCCACCUGCUCGAAGCCGGGUUCAAGAGGGAGAACAUAAGCACGGCGGUCAUGGACCUGGUGCCCCCGAAGGAGUGCAGGUACUACUCCUUCCACAAGAUGAUCACGCCCACCAUCGUUAAACACUGAGGGCCCUCGCCUUGCCCGAAACCUCCAGAAGCAAACGUGGCACACGGAAGCUGAUCAUUUACACUGCAAGGAGCAGAAACAGCUCUUACCUCCCUCGAUGCUAAUGAGAGAAGAUUCAAACUGAUUUACCUAGAGGUGGGGAGACCGCUGGAGGCCUGGGACUGACGUGCCCGGCCCUCAGGGGACCUCCCAAACAAAAGGACUCCAACAAAUCGGGCAGCGCUGCGGCACCCGGGACUCCCUGCUCCACUGCGGGAGCCCCAGGGCCGCUGCAGGUCCCCCUUUGUCACAGGGACCUUCUGGGCUCCCUGGGCGAAAAUCACACCAUUUUGGACUUGCCUCUGGGACAGGCCUCUCCCCCGAGACUGCCUGGCUGCACCAGACCUGGCACAGCCCUUGGGCCUCAUCCUAGUCUCCGUCAGUUCGACUGCAAUUGCAGAGGGUAGCUCAGAGCAUUCGGCCAAAGGGGUUCAAGGACUAGUGAUUUUCUACAAAAAAAAGGAUCAUUUUUAAAAAUUGAGGGUUGGCUUUCCACACAAAAGCCAAAUAAUCUAAACCAGGCAGGAGGAAGAGGGAGAGGAAGAAGGGGGCAGUUUGAGGCACUGUUGUUGGAGUCCAAUGUUCCUGCCGCACCUCCCUCCUGGAGUUCCCUGAAAGUUUUGGCUAAUGCCCAUUUUAACGAUUUCUAAUUCUUAUGAGCUUCUUGUAGUCUAAUACUGUAUAAAUGAUGUUUCCCCUCUGUACCCAGAAGAGAUAAAAUGCUAUUAAAAUGGACUAGAAUACAGAA